GGACAAACGUCUGUUCAAUCCUCAGAGCACGAUGAGCCUUCUGCACAUGGCUACAUUUCCUCUGGCCAAGUGCUUGUAAGUGAUUCAGAAGAUCCUCCCAAGCGUGAUUUCUUACGACCGCAGGAUCCCGUAACCCCUCGAGCAGCUCGUGACCUCCGUAAAAAGCCAUCCAUGACCAUGCCAGGAGCUCUAUUCCCCCGGUCUCCUUCACUUAUGCCUGAAACCCCUCCACACCCUCCUCACGUUCACUUCGCUCAGCCCGCUUCAAGUUCACCGAGCACUCCUCGUCGUCUAUCACCUGUCCCCGAGCCUGAGUCUGAACCCGAAGCUGGACCAUCAAGCUCGCCUUUUCGCCCACCUGCCAUUCCGUCUGUCCGAGACCAAGUCAGCCGCUUCAGGACUAAUGGGAGCGACGCGGAUCCAUCCAUUCUUCUUCCAAACUCACCGGGGCAAGACAUGACGCCAGUAAGCCCAGUCAAGCAUUCGCCUUCUCGUAAAGGCAAGGAACGACAAUUUGACGACGACGGCUUCCUCGACCCGAACACGUCCAAUGAGCUUCGCGUCCGGACUAAGCAGCGAGAGCUUGAUGCAGCCAGAGGCGAGGAGCAACGCCGUAUGACGCAGGAACCCAACGAUGAAGAGGGUAGAGAGCGCGAUAUGCACCGUAUUAGGCUCCUAGAGCAGGAAGUCGCGAGGCUCAAGGCUGAGCUUGCACAGCGAACCCUACGACAAACACCUGACCCACUGGGGCGUGCCCCUCCUCCACCUCCUCCUCCACCGCCUCCACCGUUUGAAGUCCGCCCCGGCAUAAUGUCCACUCCCGCCGCGACUGAGGCGUUAUUCCAGAAUACUAGAGCAGCCCUUCGGCAUAUGCCAACACCUCGUGAAGCACCAAUAAAUACGAUAGGUCUACCACGAUCCGCACGUCGCCAGGGUAUGCCUACCGUUAAAGUCUCCAACGACAAGAUGGAGGAGUUUUUGAGCGAGAUGAAGACGGUACGGCUACGGAGAGUUGGUAAUUCUCUUUGGGAGACUAGGAGAAAUCUGGAGGAUGACGACUUCAACGUUGGAUCCGUCUCAAUGAUCGACAUUCCUGCAAAUGCACUAGGGACUAAGGAGCAGGAUCACCUCAUGCGUCCUGCUACCGAGUGGGUAAAGAAGAUUGCUCAGGGGGGCGUGAAGAGGAAAAUUGACGAUGUUGGGCGUGAUGAGUUCCAAGCUAAUCUGCGCGCAGCGGUUAGGCGCAAAUCUUUAGGUUCUGCGAGCGCACCAUCCUUAUCCAGCUCAGCGUCAUCAUCGGCGGCGGCAGGCUCUUCCUCAAAGGCAUCCUCUUCACUCUCAAAGACAUCUUCAUUUACGUCUGCCUCUACCUCUACCUCGACAUCAGCAGGACCGUCUGGCCCAUCUAAACUACCCCAUGAAGCAACCUCAAUCUCGAACCCAAAGCCAUUUACAAAGUCACAAGUAGUCGCAUCCCACCUUCUACCUCGGUCUAGAAUCCCUCAGCCUACCAAAGCUAUGCAGCCAGACCCGCGAACCAACACGAACGAUACUGAUAUCACUACUCCGUCGCUUUGUUCUGAUAACGAGCCCGAAGCUGCAGAUGAACGAUCUCCAUCUACUCCGCCUCCGUCGAUGGUAGCUGAGCGGCCAUCUCUCAAAGGGAAAGAAAAGGCGAUCCCAAGGAGGGAGACUAGUUUUACACGCGAGGUAAUUGAUGUCGAGUCGGGCAGAGUAGAGGUCGUCGCGGUCGAGCCAGAAGAACAGCGAGACGUCGCCUCCAAGUCUGCUCCUCCACAACAGCUUUCGAUACCUAACCCGUCAUCCUCAUUCCGUCAAGCCAGUUUAUCCCAAAAAUCGCGCUCGCCACGACCAGCCCCGAAGAGUCAGAGUAGCAUGUUCUCCAAGAGGCCGCCUAUGUCUCCCGCCCUACCUACGCCUCGCAAACCUAGUGCGCCUCGGCGUGCUCGGAGACGCGUUGCUUCUGAUGACGAGGAUGCAGCAACUUUCGAAAAGCCACGACUUUCCUCCGAUGUGUUCCUAGACAAGGACAUUGGCCGUCAGGACAACAAGUACGCACAGAAGGUAGCACGGCAGCCGACGAAGACAGUUCGGAAGCAGCGCACAUUGGAUGAGGAGAUGAGGCAAUCACAUCAGACAGCUUUGCGAGCAGAGGCAGGAGCAGAGGCAGACGAUGAAGACAUGGAGAGCGGGACAUUGGUAGGGAUUGGCACGAGGAACAAGCGGAGAGGGUUCCUUGCACAUGGAGGUGCAGGUGGUGCUCCGGUAUUUAUGGGUGUUGGUUAUGUCCGCGAUGUGGAGGAAAGUGAUGAAGCUGCAGAACCAACGCCGAGUAAGAAAGGCCCACGUAGAGGAGGGAGGAAAUCUUAGACGGUUGAUUUGUAUGGACAGAUAUGUACCAUCUCUUAUUUCUGAGGCUACUUUUGUUUUCCCGCACAACGUUACCUAACGUCAUCCAAUAAGGACCGCCCC